AUGUGGGUGGCGGUGCACUCCUCGCUGGACGUGAUGGUCGAGAACGAGAGGCUGAUCAUGGAGUUUGAGACGGACGCCUUUGGCCCGGUGGUCAUGGUGGCAAUUGGGGCGUGCGAUGUCGGCACUGUGCAGCCGCUGGUCAAGGAAGGCGCGCGCGUCACCAAGGGCGACGAGGCGGCCGUGUUCGAGUUUGGCGGCUCCAUCAUGGCCACCGUCUUCAGGCCGGGCUCUAUUGAGUUUGACGAGGACCUGCUGCAGCACACCUCACGCCGCUGCGAGACGCGAGCCCUGCUCGGCACCAGCCUCGGGCGUGCGACGCGCCCCGUCGGCGCGCCUGCGGGGCGUGCAGUGCAGUGA